AUGGCGGAUGAGCAAAAGAAAUGCGCUGCUGCUGGGCAAAGGGAGCGCUGCAAGAUCUACGAAGAAGCAACGAGCGGAGCCAAAGCUUCAAAAAAAGAUAAGGAAGUGAAGCAGGCCGUGGCUCCCAACUUCCAAGUGCCACAGACACCGCUCAUGCGACAGGUCGAAGGAAUGAUCAAGGCGCACCACCAUUCAGAUGCCUUUCUGAAGGAAACCACGGACUACGUCAAGCGUUUCACGCUGCACACGGAG